CUUCAAUCAUGGCGGAAGAACAAGUUCUCAGCGAAGAAGCAGCUGGUUAUCGACAUUUAUUGGAUGUAAACUGGAUUGAGGUUGCGAAUCAUCUUAUCAAAAGUCGUCUCCUGCUCACAGCUUUGGAACUACACACUGAACUGUUAGAAAAUGGUCGCGAAUUACCGUUACUACGAGACUUCUUUUCGAAUCCAGGAAACUUUCAAUUUGAGAGCGUUCGUCCACCUUCCCCUAUCGGGUUUAACCUUGCUCGAACGUCUAGCAAUCUGACAUUGGAUAGCAUUGAUGAUUUUACUCGCUACUCUGAUGAUGGUCUUGCUGAGAGAGGUGACGAGAGGAUUGCAGUUUUGCAAUUUGAAUUACGUAAAGCCCACAACACCAUCAAAUCUCUGAGAGGAAGCCUGACUGUUGCAACAGAACAAGAAGGAGUAAAAGCAAAAGAUUGUAGCGAAACCAGCUCGAUUAACGAGGACGCAAUAAAACCUCACGAAAAACGCGCCAUAAAUUUCUUGGUUAAUGAAUAUCUGUUGCAAAGUGGUUAUCGAUUGACAUCUGUUACCUUUUCCGAUGAAAACGAAGAUCAGGACUUUGACGAUUGGGAUGACGUUGGCCUUAACAUUGCCCAACCACCAAACUUACUUCGUCUUUAUCGGGAUUUUGACAAGCAUGUGAUGCCUUCUGCCGUAAAUUCGUUAAAGAAAGUGGAAGAAGAAAAUUUAAGAUUGGAAGAAAUGUGCAAAACUUUGAAUGAUGAACUUGAAGAAUUACGGAAAGAAAAAGAGCAAUUUUUGCUUUACAAAGAAGAAAUGGAAGCAAAGUCUGGAAACUUUGAAGAGAAAAAUUCUCUGUUGUUAUCACAAAUUUCUGCGCUUUCUGAAGAACUUGAACAAAGCAAAAAAGCUGUACGAGCAAACGUUACAGAGAAAAAUUCACCAACAGCUGAAGUUGAAUCUGUAGCAAAUUCUAAUGACUUUGAUGCUCAUAGCGAAAGUAGCAUAAAGUCCAACACGCUUGAAAAUGGUUCCUUUCAUGAAGAUCAAAAUACUAAAAUGGAAGAUGAGACGAAAGAGCGGAAGGUUCAUCUUGACUCGAAUUUCAAGAAUGCGAUUCUUGAUGAGAAAAGCGACGAUAAUAUAAAUCUUUGUCCGUCGUUCAAGAAAGCUUUGUUGAAUGUAGUGGGGACAAACCAGGACACCAGACUGGGACUUGAGGUGAUGCGGUUGACAAGCACUGAGGAAAGUUUGGUCCAAGUUUUAUCAAGGUGCUUACCUCAUAUUAUACCAAAUGUUCUACUGAACAAACGUGAGGAGUUAAUACCGCUGAUCGUCUGUACUGCCAUACACCACCCGGAUGAAAAAGAAAGAGACAAAUUACUUCAUUCGCUGUUCAAUCUAAUCAAGAGACCUGAUGUUGAACAUCGGUGCAUGAUCAUUGCCGGAUGCUCAUCCUUUUCUCGUGUUGUUGGGCACAUGCGCACUGAAGCCGAGCUCUUACCUCAGCUGUGGGAGCAGAUUAAUCAUAAGUAUCCAGAACGAAGGAAUCUUGUUGCCGAAGCUUGUGGAACUUUGUCUCAAUAUUUACCUAAUGAGAUCGUUAGUUCACUUCUCCUGUCCAUGUUGAAGCAAAUGUUUGCCGAAGACCGAAACGACAACGUUCGAGCCACCGUUGUUAAAACUCUGGCACUUGUGUACACUAUUGUAGACUCGCCUUCAAAGUACAAAGAGGCUGAGGAGUUACUUUUGCAAGCGUUAUGUGACAACGCAAGUGAAGUAAGUGAGUCCACAUUGAACGUAUUAUUGCCAGCGGUUGCUGUGUGGGCCCUUGAACUGGAUAAACUGCAAUCACAGCUUGUCGAGUUGAUUUUACAACAAUUGGAGUUAACGCUAUCGGAUUUCUUACACAUCGAAGAGUCUCGAAAUGACGAGGAGACUGAACUCGAGUCUACAAUAAAUGUUAUCUCUUCAAGGUUUCGUCUUUACAUUCUUGCUCUCACGCAAUGUGUACCUGCUUUGAUGAUAGAUGUACUUAGCAGAGCUCCAUUUCAAACAGAAUGUGACGCUCUUGAAAAUGAAUUCACUUUACCCGAUGGUCGUCUCCCAAUUGCAGUGAGCCCGCUGACUGAUAUAGCGGUGUUGUUUGGAGGCACUCCCCGCCUUGCAAAGUACCUGGAAUUCUUUGAUCGAUGGCUUAAAAAGCAAAACAGGCAGACAUUCUGGGAAACGCUGGAAUGGAUUAGUAAUAAAUUGAUUUCAAGAAUAUAUGGUGUGCUAGGUCAAAUCCAUUUCUCUCAAGUCGUUUGGGUUGACUGUCUAGCAGAGCUGUUUCGCAAUAUAUGUCGCGUGUUUGGUCACGUGUACACAAUAACUAGGUUGAAGACCUACUUUGAAAGCGAGAUGAAAGUAAUUUUCCAUGAAGAUGCAGGAGCUCUUAGCCAGGAUGAAAAACAACAAAUAAUUUCAAGCGCCAUUAUUCCUGUCUACAUCCUUGGAAUACUGACUGCAUUUUCGUCGGUUGAAGAUCAAGAAAAUGUGCAAGUUUUCAUCAAAGAUACUUUAACGUCGUUUGCAUCUCAAAAAAUCAGCACUCAUUCCCUGUAUAUGGUUUGUGAAAAGUUGAGUUCCAGUGACGUUUGGCGUGAUGUCCUGUUAAAAACUUCAUGGGAAUUACUCAAUCACGAUGAAGGCUGCGUUAGAUGCGUUGUACCAAAUAUAUUACAGGCCAUGGUAAAAAAUCUCGAUAGAACAUCCAUUAUGAAGCGUGUGCUUCCUACUUUAGUGACCAUAUCAACUGAUAACGACAAAUUCGUUCGAAUCUCGACUGUUCCAGCAUUUGGGGCGAUCGUGGAACACAUCAGCGACGAUGAGACAUUGGAAAAGAUCCACAUUCAAUUUCAGUCCUUUCUUAGCGAUCCCACCUACUAUGAUCAACAUGAGUUACAGGUCGCCCUGAUACGAACAUUUGGGAAAAUUGGACCGCAUUCUGAACCUCGUUUUCGUGACCACUUUCUUCACCCCAAACUGACGGAGCUUGUGUUGAGAAACGCGAAGACUGGUGACCAGUCAAAGAAAACAGAGAUCUCUAUUGUUCUACUGGAGGCAUACGCAUCAUUGACCUGUUGCUUUAUUCCUGAAGACAUCCUUCGUAAUAACACCCUUCCUGGAUUGAUGUAUUUGAAACAAGACCUGGCAACACUUGCUCCGGAGUAUGAGGAGACUGCAAGUUUACUAAUGAAGGACUGUGAAGAUAAGUUGGUAAACCAAAAGACAACAGGAUCCACUCAAGCGUCGUCUAAAGUGCAGGCAGCUGAAGAUGUAAAACGUGCUAUUCUAAAUAAGUUCCACAAAUUGAAGGACGCGUCAACCAAACCAAGAAUGUCUGAAUUGUUUCGCAAGAAAAGUAAAAAUGAUUCCGAGAAAUUGAAUUGAUAUAAAAUGACAAAGCAUUUUACUAUUUCAUUUCGAGAUGAAAUGGUCUGGUCUGCCCACAAAAAAAUUUAAACAUUAAUAGAUUAAAUUAUAUAAAUGAAUGUGUACAUGAAUGUAUAGAUGAAUGGACAUAAAUAUUAAACAGGAUAUACUUCAAUUUGUUGCUCAAAUAAUUAGAAGAAUCAAACAAGCAAACGUGCUGGAAGUUAAAAUUCCAACACGUAGAACCGCUCUCCAACUACAUAAGAAUUAUAGUUCAUAGUUCAUCAUACUCAAGAUUAUAGCUCAUAUUUUGUAAUUUCUUGUUCGUAGUUUUAAAAGAAAUUGGCAAUUAAAAUAAAAAAAGUAUUGCUAUGGCAAAACAAUUUAAAUUCGGCAGCCUAUGCUUUGUAGGUUUUUAUUAAAAGAUUAAAAUAUAUUAAAAAAUGACGAAAGGAACAUCGUCAUAAUUCAAAAA